AUGGUCUCCACCACGGACUACAAGCUCUUCACGCCGCUCAAGCUGGGCGACAACCUCGAGCUCAAGAACCGCAUCGUGUUCGGCCCCCUCAGUCGCGGCCGCGCCAGCGCCGACCGCGUGCCGUCGGAGAACAACGAGCUCUACUACGAACAGCGCGCGGGUGCCGGUCUCAUCAUCUCGGAGGGCACCGCCGUGUCGGAGCAGGGCUACGGCUGGCACCAUGCGGCCGCGUGCUAUACGGACGCCCACGUGGAAGGCUGGAAGCGCGUGACCGAGCGGGUCCAUAAGAAGGGCGGCAAGAUCUUCAUGCAGCUGUGGCACAUGGGUCGCCAGAGCCACUCGAGCUUCAACAAGAAGCGCGAGAUCGUGUCGGCGUCGGCUCUGCGCUGCGAGAGCGGCCACACGCGCGACGCCAACUACGUCGAGUCGGACUUCGAGACGCCUCGCGCGCUGGAGACGGAGGAGAUCGCGGGUAUCGUCGAGGACUACCGCAAGUCCGCCGUGCUGGCGAAGAAGGCGGGCUUCGACGGGGUGGAGCUGCACGGCGCCAACGGAUACCUCAUCGACCAGUUCCUCCAGUCGGCCACUAACAGACGCACGGACAAGUACGGGGGCUCCUUCGAGAACCGCGCGCGGUUCCUGCUGGAGCUGGUGGAGGCUGUUAAGACCGUGUUUCCUUCGCACCGCAUCGGCGUUCGCGUCUCACCCAACGGUGGCUUCGGCGGCAUGGGCAGCGAGGACAACUACGAGAUGUUCACGUACACCAUGGAGCAGCUGGGCAAGCACAAGCUUGGCUACCUCGCGGUGCUCGACGGGGACUGCGCCCACCUCCGCUACUCCAACAAGAGCCGCGCGUUGACGGCGCUCGACGCCAAGACCGCGUUCAAGGGCGUCGUCAUGGCCAACAACAACUCCGAGGGUGUCGUGCGUAGCGGUGCUGUCGAUGUCGUUGGCUUUGGUCGCCUGUACAUCACGAACCCCGACCUGGCUGAGCGAUUCCAGAAUGACUGGCCCGUGGAGCCCAUGGCUGGGCACGAGGUGUACUACAACUCGGCGCUUGGGGGCAAGUUCUACAACGACUACCCGGCGUAUCAGCCGAAGAACGAGAUCAAGAACUAG